GUUUGUCCUUCAGUCGUUUUGCUGAAGACGCAGACGAUGAUUAACAUGAGCUCAAGGCUUUCAUCCGAUCACCCACUCACCGACACCCUGUGCCGCCGCGGACACUGCCGCUGUCACCAGAGAACAGACCCCACGCGGAGAAAGUGUUGGAAGAAGAAGACGACCUUUAUUCACCACCACACCUGAGUGAACCAUUUUUGUGCAGAAAGACUGCCAAAAGAUGAUGGCAGAAUCUCUGCCAUUCUCUGGCUCUGUUGGCCCCCUGUCAGGGCUAGAGCUAGAUGCCUGGUAUGAGGACCUACAAGACAUCCUGUUCUCUGAAACCAAGAAUGCAGGGGUUCUCCAAACUGACGUAGACAAGCAGGGCAUGCAGGUUGAAGAACUGGACAGCGCAAGUUAUCUUUGGACACUGGACUCUGUUAAUUCUUCUUUACCAAUCAGUUUCACAGAAGAGGAUGUAGUUGCCUUGGAAGCUGUUGUAGAACAGUUCCCUUCCGAGGUGCUGGAAUUCUUAAACCACGGAUCACAAAAUAACUUUGAUAUUCCAUCCUCCUCGACUGAGGUUCCAGAAGUCCAACACGAUGGAGCUGUAGAAGUGGACUCUAGCUGCAGCAGCCCUCCAUCUCAAACCUACACAGAAGAUGAGGAAUCUAGUGGCAGCCAAUCAGGAACAAAAAGAAAGAGGCACUCCCAGCCAAGAGGGGGCAAGGUCCGUGUUAAGGAAAAGGAGCAAGAGAACGAUAAGAAAGUUUCCUAUCUAAUGGCAGAGAAUGAGCGUCUAAAGGGGGAGAUUGAGCGUCUCAGUUUGGAAGUAGAGGAGACUCGGAAGUUGCUCAUUGAAAGAAUGGUGAAUCUAAAGAAGGUUGUAUAAACUGAAAGCCAUACAAACUGCUUUGUUAAAAAAAAAAA